AUGGGUGCAAGCGUUGAGGCUGAACAAUAUGGAAAAGACAUAGUAGUACUUAAGAAUCUAGUGAAAGAAUUACACCCAGAUCCCAAAACUCAACCAAAGGUUUUAGGUCCUAGUGGCUAUUAUGAUGAGAAAUGGUUUAAUUCCUUCCUAGAAGUUUCAGGACAUGAUGUUGUUGAUGGAGUUACACACCAUAUCUAUAAUUUUGGACCUGGUGAUGAUCCAAACAUGAUUACCAAGAUUCAAGAUCCAUCUUACUUAAAUCAGGUUGCCCAAACCUAUAAAGGUGUUUUGAAUAUUGUCAACAAGUAUCUUGAUCCAUUGGGAAUGGCUUCAAACUACAAUCACAAGGUCUUCUGUAGGCAAACUCUAAUCGGUGGAAAUUAUGCUUUACUUAAUACUACAACAUCUAUUCCCAAUCCAGAUUACUACGGAGGUUCCAAGGAUAGAGAGGAGUAUCAUUUGGCUGCGCUAGCUGGAAAUAUACCAGGUCAAAUCAUGUUGCUAAAUGACGUUCCAAUGGUUCCAACAGAAACAUUCAACAUUCCGGCGAUGGAACCAAAGCUUAUCAAUGCUUCCACGACCAUCUCUAUUGCAGCUCAUUCCAUAGUCUAUGUAACCAUCAGAGACUUUCAAGCCCCUGCCUGUGCUUAA